UCUCCUUCCUCAGUCUUUCCCUUCAUUUCUUUCUACGCUUUUCCUCCCUCCCCCAUACCCAACCCUUCACAGCUCCUCAAGAUCACAAACCAGUGAUGGACUCUACCAAUACCAAAGUAAGCCUCCUCGAAGGCCAAUCGUCAAAACUCACUAAACCCCAAGAGCCUCGUAUCAUCAUCGUCUUCUUCUCUUUCAUCAUCCUCGUAGCACUGUUAAUCGGAGCAAUAACCACUGCUCAAUUUGUAAAAAUCUCCAACCCGAUCAAUCCGUACGGGUCAGUCGGAGCCAUCUGCUCAGUGACUCAGUACAGAUACUCCUGCUUCAAAACGCUCUCCUCCAUAACAAAGAACACCACCACCACUCCAAUCCAGACCCACCCAGAACUCAGCUUCACUCUCUUUCUUCAAUUGGCCAUUCAAGAACUCACCAACCUCAUUUCACUCCCCAAGACCCAAAUCUCCGAGUCGACACAUCCGAGAACCGAGUCAACGAUCCGCGAGUGCAUGACUGGCUUCAACGCCACUCUGAGUCAACUGAACAGGUCUUUGGCAUCAAUAAACGUUGACAAAGGAGAGAAAACGUUGACCGAAGAGAAGAUUAACGACUUGAGGAGGAUGAUCGGCGGUGCAGUGGCCGAUCACAGGCGGAGUUUUUAUCGGUUCGAGGCGAUGGUUUCGAAUGAAGCUAGAACGAAAGCUCAGAAGACGAUGCGGUACAUGAGCAACAGCUUAGCAAUUCUCGAUAACAUUGAGACCAUUCGUGACAAGUUUAAUCCCAUAAAACAACUGUUGGAGUUUGUUUUGGAGUAUUUGUUUAGUUCAUGGGUUUUUGGGUCACAAUAUUUGGUUUUAAUUUUUUUACUUUGUAUGUUGUUACGCAUCUGAAUCGAACAUUUUAUUAAUAGUUUUAACUUAGAGAGAUAUGUCGCAAUAUGGUUUUAAUUUCGGAGAAUUUUCAUAUGUUAGUUAUUGGGUUAGGAGACUCGAACCCGUAUGAUUAUUCCUUUCUACUAUGUUAUCUUUGUUGAUCUCAAUGUUUGUAAAGUAACAUUAGUAAUUCUAAAGUUUUUAUUAGCUC